AUGGCGGCCAUUGAAGCGCCUGCGGUCCGUGCUGCUGCAUUGUCAACGUGUCAGUCUGGUCUGUCCGCGUCCAGCUCACGGCGAACCGUGGGAUGGCAACCCGUGAGCCACUCCGCUAGUUUUAGCAAGCUCGCGAAGAGCGUUCGCGGGACGGCGAAGGUCAGGGCUGUAGCGGAGAUCAAGUCAGCGGCUGCUGACUCACCAAAGAUGAAGGAUCUUGCGCGCCCUGACUCGUUCGGCCGCUAUGGCCAGUUCGGCGGCAAGUACGUUCCAGAGACCCUCAUGGCCGCUUUGGAUAAUCUCGAGAAGGUUUACAACGAGACAGUCCAGGAUCCCGCAUUUCAGGCGGAGUUCCAGUCGAUCCUCAAGGACUACGUGGGUCGCGAGUCGCCGCUUUACUUCGCGGAGCGCCUCACGGAGCACUACUCGCGCCCCGACCCCGCGGACCCCUCGCGCCGCGUCGGCCCGCACGUGUACCUGAAGCGGGAGGAUCUGAACCACACGGGCGCGCACAAGAUCAACAACGCCAUUGGCCAGGUGCUCCUGGCGAAGCGCAUCGGCAAGAAGCGCAUCAUCGCGGAGACGGGCGCGGGGCAGCACGGCGUGGCGACGGCGACGGUGUGCGCGCGCUUCGGGCUGAACUGUAUCGUGUACAUGGGCGCGGAGGACAUGAGGCGGCAGGCGCUCAACGUGUUCCGCAUGCGCCUGCUGGGCGCAGAGGUGCGUGCCGUGCACAGUGGCACGCGCACGCUCAAGGACGCCACGUCAGAGGCGAUCCGCGACUGGGUGACCAACGUGGACACCACCCACUACAUCCUCGGCUCUGCUGCCGGCCCCCACCCCUACCCCAUGAUCGUCCGCGACUUCCAGGCCAUCAUCGGUCGCGAGGCCAAGAAGCAGUCAUUUGAGAAAUUCGGCCGCCUGCCCGAUGUGCUGGUGGCGUGCGUAGGAGGAGGGUCGAACGCCAUGGGGCUGUUCCACGAGUUCGUGGAGGACGAGGGCGUGCGCAUGGUGGGCGUGGAGGCGGCGGGGCAUGGUGUGCACACGGACAAGCAUGCGGCGACUCUGACGGCCGGGGAGGUGGGCGUGCUGCACGGCGCCAUGAGCUACCUGCUGCAGGACAGCGAUGGGCAGAUCAUUGAACCCCACAGCAUCAGCGCCGGCCUUGACUACCCCGGGGUGGGCCCGGAGCACAGCUUCCUCAAGGACAUUGGGCGGGCGGAAUACUUCAGUGUGACUGACGACGAGGCACUGCAAGCAUUCAAGCGUGUGUCGCGGUUGGAAGGCAUCAUCCCAGCCCUUGAGACGUCCCAUGCGUUGGCAUACCUGGAGUACCUCUGCCCUCAGCUGGGCGAUGGCACCAAGGACAACGGCAUCAAGCGGCUGAAGCUGUUCGGAGCUGACGUGGACAUCCUGCGCGCGCUCGUGGGCACGGACAUCGAGGUGGCGGUGAUGCUGCAGAACGAGUACCUCAACCUCGUCGCCGGCUCGCAGAAAGAGGCGGCCAAGUGGCUCAGCAACAACGUUUCUCCAUUCGUCUUUCCCAAGGGGGCCAACAUCAGGGAGAUAGCAGUGGGGAACGAGCCGUUCCUUCAGGGCUACCAGGGCAUGUACGAGUCAGCAGUGGUGCCGGCGAUGCGAAACAUGUACAGUGCGUUACAGGACGCCAAACUAGACGACAAAAUCAAGCUGACCGUGCCUCUUAACGCGGAUAUUCUCGGGAGCUCCUACCCGCCGUCCUCGGGCGAGGUUCGAGGGGAUAUUUUGGAGGAUAUCACUGCGAUUGCAGAUAUUUUGAAGCAGUCAGGUGGAACGUUCUCGAUAAAUAUCUACCCGUUUCUGACGCUGCAUCAGGACACGACGGGGGCGAUCGGGCUGCACCAGGUUUUUUUGGGGCAGCCUGGCGGGCAGGCGUGGCAAUUCAAGGACCCGAAGAGCGGGCUGAAAUACGACAACAUUUUCGACGGGGCGUUUGAUGCUGUGGUUGCUGCUCUGCAGAAGAUUGGAUACGGCGACGUGAGUGAGGACGCUGAAGAUCGGAUAUGGCGAUGUGAGUGGAGGCUGAAUGUCGGGCUACAUGUGGGGCUACAUGUGAGGCUGAAUGUGGGGCUACAUGUGAGGCUGAAUGUGGGGCUACAUGCGGGGCUGGUUGUGGGGAUUAUUGUGGGGCUGAAUGUGGGGCAGGCGCUGAAUCUGGGGAUUAUUGUGGGAUCAUUGUGGGCGCUUGAUGCUGUGGUGACCGCUCUAGAGAAAAUCGGAUAUGGCGAUCUGCCGAUCGAGAUCGGUGAGAUCGGGUGGCCAUCCGACGGUCAGGGUGACACGAGGGGCUACGCCACAGUGGACAACGCCUAUCGCUUCAACCAGGCCAUUCUCGCCCACAUGCUGUCAGGAAAAGGCACGCCGGCCCGGCCAAAUCAAAUCUUAAGUGGGUACCUCUUCGCGCUUUCAGACGAAGACCGGAAGAUUACUCUAGCCGGCCCGUUCGAGAGGCACUGGGGGAUUUUCCGCGCGGACGGGACCCCGAAAUACCCCUUGGAUUUAACAGGCGGCGGGAAGAAUGUCACUCUGGAAAGCGCAACAGGGAUUGUGCUGUACCCCGGGCGGUGGUGUGUGGCCAAGGAGGGUGCGGACCCGCAGAAAUUGGCAGAAGCGGUGACGUAUGCGU